CCCACCCCCACGCCAUCUCAUUCUCAUUCUCUCUAUGUGUAUAUAUAUCAAACACAAUAUAUAUUUAUAUGUAAUCCAGGUCCUACUGUAUCUAAUAAUGUUUGUUCUUGAGAAAUGGUGAGUUUGAAUAUAAAAAUUUUCACAGAAGAUGAAAUGAGUUGGUGCUACUGAGUAAUAUAUACUGACUUCACGCGGAUCAAGAAAAUGCUGGGAUCCAACUGAACAUUUUUUUCACAGGGGGGCUGUUUGUUUUUUGUCUUGUUUUGGCCUAUUGGGAGUUCAAAUUUACUCUUUCUUGGAUUGAAUUUCAAGUUUUCAAUUCUACUCCAUAGUUUUCCCGCUUUGUUUGAUAUUUGCAGUGCAUCUGCUCUGCAAUGAAUUCAUUCCCCUGAGGGUCUUAUUCUCUCUGUUUUUUUUUUUCUCUUUUAUUUGCCCCCCUUCAUUUAUUCAUUUGAAAAAAGAAAGUUAAAAAAGAUGAAUGCUAGAGUGAGGACUAGUUUGCAGUCUAUGAAAACUCCAUCCAAGAAUGUAAAGGAGAAAGUGGAAAUGCAAGGAAACAAGAAAAUGGGUACUGAGAAAACACCUAUAAAUAGACGAAAAGCAAUCAGAGAAAGAAAGAUGGCAUUGUUACAAGAUGUUGAUAAGCUAAAGAAGAAACUCAGGCAUGAGGAAAAUGUCCAUAGAGCUCUCGAAAGGGCAUUUACUCGACCCCUCGGUGCUCUUCCUCGUCUUCCUCCUUAUCUCCCUCCGAAUACACUGGAGCUUCUCGCUGAAGUGGCUGUUUUGGAGGAGGAAGUCGUUAGGCUCGAGGAGAAAGUUGUGCAUUUCAGGCAAGGAUUGUAUCAGGAAGCCGUCUAUAUUUCGUCUUCCAAGAGGAAUAUGGAUUAUGUGACAGAUACCAUUGAACAAAAUCAAGUAAAGAGUCCGAAGCAGAAGCAAACAAAGUUAUCACCCCAACUGGAAUUGAAUUCAGCUUCAUUCUCGGGAAGACAUUUGCCUUCUCUCUCUGAUGACAGCUGCUUAAAAGAGAACAACUCAUGGUCUUCCACGAAAAGCAAGCACCGAUCAGUAAAUGCCAAUGUGAAAACUGUCAGAACUCCUGCUAAGAAGAAGCGCGUAGAUCCUCAGAAAUUGCAGAUGGAGGACCAAGCAAUGUAUCAGGGGAGUCUGGAAGAGAGAAUUUUUGUUACUCAAGUUAGAAAACCGUCAUCAGAUGAAAGUCCAAACACAAUCUCGGAAAAUAUUUUGAAAUGUUUGUCGAAUAUUUUCCUCAGAAUGAGCUCUAGGAAGAACAGGAGUACAGCAGAUACUUUGCCUUCAUUGACAGGAUAUAAUUCAUGUGAGAGCAUUGAGAAGAAAGAGUUUGGAGAUCCUUAUAGAAUAUGUUCAAAAUUUGAAAGGAGAGAUAUCGGUCCAUAUAAACAUUUAUAUGCAGUUGAAGCUUCUUCUAUCAAUCCAAAUCGAACAACAAUAUCUGUUUUCCUAGUUCGUAGACUAAAACUUUUGCUCGAGAAACUUGCAUCAGCAAAUUUACAGGGCCUUACCCACCAAGAAAAGCUCGCUUUCUGGAUCAACAUUUACAAUUCAUGCAUGAUGAAUGCCUUCCUGGAGUAUGGCCUACCUGAGAGCCCUGAAAUGGUUGUGGCAUUGAUGCAAAAGGCAACAAUAAAUGUUAGUGGCCACUUGCUUAAUGCCAUAACCAUUGAGCAUUUCAUUCUGAGGUUGCCUUAUCACUCGAAAUUCACUUUUGCAAAGGGCGUAAAGAAUGAUGAGAUGACCGCCCGCAGCAUCUUUGGUUUGGAGUUCUCUGAGCCACUGGUGACAUUUGCGCUCUCUUGUGGAAGUUUCUCCUCUCCUGCUGUGAGAGUAUACACCGCAGCAAAUAUUGAAAAUGAGCUUCAAGUUGCAAAGAAAGAGUAUUUGCAAGCAUCCGUUGGCGUUUCAACAUCAAAGAAAUUGGUAGCUAUACCAAAGCUGUUGGACUGGUAUCUGCUAGAUUUUGCAAAGGAUCUAGAGUCGCUACUUGAUUGGAUAUGCCUUCAACUUCCAAACGAACGUGGAAAAGAAGCAAUUAACUGCCUAGACAGAAGGAAUAACGAGCCUCUUUCGCAGGUUCUUCAGAUAGUGCCAUAUGAAUUUAGUUUCCGGUACCUUUUACACAUGUAAGUUUUGUUUUACAACAAUCUAUUAGACUUUUAGUGUUUGGUGGUAUAGAGGGGGGAUACAGAUACAUAGUUAAGUGUAUAUUUUGUAAGUAAGUUUUGACACUUUUAAGGAGUAAUUAUUUACAAAGUUCGGCAUUCUUGCUAGGAUUUUCCU